AUGAGGAUCCACUACCUCCUGUUGGCUGUGCUCUGCUUGUUCUUGAUGCCGAUGCCAGGCGAAGGAGGGCUCAUCAGUGCCGUGCAAAGAUACUUCUGCCGAGUGAGAGGGGGCCGAUGUGCUGCCCUCACCUGCCUUCCACGGGAGACACAGAUAGGCCACUGCUCACUCAAGGGCCGGAAGUGCUGCCGAAGGAGGAAGUAA